AUGCUAGCCGAAAGCGAAACGCUGGAUGAUCAAGAUUCAACAGAGACCUCAGAUUUGGGGGUUGUGAUUAAAGGUAAAGUUUAUCCUCACAUUGAAAAAAAUCCCUUGGACGAGAUAUCAUUGGCUGGGUUCUGUCUUGGCACGUUUGUGGGAAUUUCUUCGGCAUUAGUACCUUAUUCACAUUUCGUGAACAUCAACCUGUACCUAAUUGCCAUUGGCUUGUUCCAUUUUUUGGAAUUUUACGUCACAGCUAGAUUCAACCCUGGAAAAGUAACCAAGGAUUCUUUCUUGUUCAACAACGGCAGAGCUUAUCUGUUUUCUCAUAUUUUGGCGAUUGUUGAGGCAGUCAUCGAAUCAACUUUGUUCCCACAAUGGAAAUCUAGUUUCCACUCUCAAACCAAUCUUUUGAUCUCCACUUUGGGCUUAAUACUGCUGAUUUCUGGCCAAUAUGUGAGGACUGCAGCGAUGGUAACAGCUGGAAAGUCGUUUUCUCAUCAAGUUAAGACAAGUCAAAAUUCAGAUCACUCUUUAGUCACCGAUGGGAUCUACGGCAAAUUGCGUCACCCAAGCUACUUUGGUUAUUUUUGGUGGGCUCUUGGAACACAGUUACUGCUACUCAAUCCAUUCUCCUUUGUCAUCUUUGCAGUAGUGCUGUGGAAAUUCUUUGAUAGUCGGAUACGCUACGAGGAGAUAUAUUUACUGCAAUUUUUUGGAAAACAGUACUCUGACUACUCCCGUAACGUCGGCGUCGGGAUACCAUUCAUGUAA